UCUGAUUCAAUAAAAUCUCCGAUCUUCUAUUUAGAGAGAGAGAGUUCUAGAUUUUAUGUGGUAUCAGAGUCACAAAGCUGAGCACGAAGCUUCAACAAUGGCGUCCCCUGAUUCAAGCAACCAAUCUGAUCCAGUCAAUAAACAUACUUCUCAGACAAAUUCAACCACAAACAAUGAAUCAAUUCCUACAAAUCCAUACUUUCUCAGUGCAAGUGAGAAUCCAGGCAGUGUUCUAGUAACACAACCAUUGCUUGGGAUGAGAAAUUAUCAUUCUUGGUCAAGGGCUAUGAUUUUGGCUCUCACUGCCAAGAAGAAGAUAGGGUUCAUCAAUGGCAAGAUUUCUAUGCCUGAUCUAGAAUCUCCUCUCUAUGAAGACUGGCAAAGCUGGAAUACAAUGGUACUUUCUUGGCUCAGCAAUUCAAUGCAUGUUGAUGUAUCUAGUAGUAUAAUCUAUUGUGAAACUGCUAGAGAUAUGUGGAUUGAAUUGAACAAUCUGUUUUCACAAGGCAAUGGUCCUAAAAUCUAUAAUCUUCAAAGGGAGAUUUCUCACAUCACUCAAAAUCAGAUGACAGUAACUGAAUAUUUCACAAAAUUUAAGAGGUUGUGGGAUCAAUUGUUGAAUCUUGAGCCAUUACCAGAGUGUAGUUGUGGAGCAAUGAAAACCCUAAGUGCUACUCAUGAUAAAGCUUAUGUGAUGAGGUUUUUGAUGGGAUUGAAUGAGAAUUUUGAGACUAUAAGAACUCAGAUUCUGAUGUGUGAGCCUUUUCCUUCAAUAAGCAAAGUAUAUGCCUUAGUUCUUCAAGAGGAGUCUCAUAAGCACAUUGGACAUGGAGGAUCCUUUGCAGCAAAACCAGAUUCAGUUGCCAUGUAUGUGAAUUCAAAGGGCAAUAAUGCUGGUAAUGCUAAUUGGAGCAAGGGAAACAAUAAAAAGGAAAGGCCUUUAUGUACACACUGCAAUAUGCUUGGGCACACCAUUGACAAGUGCUAUAAGCUUCAUGGAUAUCCACCCGGGUACAAGCCAAAAGGAAAAUCAAAUGCUAACCAAGUCUCUUAUGAUCAAGGAACUUUGGUUGAGCAUCCUUCAUUUGGAACAGUCCAAUUUCCAAUUUCAAAGGCUCAAUAUGAGCAAUUGCUGGCUUACUUCAACACUAGCUCUGGUUCUAGUAACAAGCAUCAAGCUGCUACUGUAAGCAGUGGUGAUGGAGUGCCCAGCCUGAUGACUGCAGUUGCCGGUGUGGCUUCUUUUGUUAGUGUUCCUGCUAGUGCUAGUAUGGCAGUCACCACUUCACAGCCCUCAGCUUCUAAUUCCUAUCUUGAGACUAUGGCAGGACCUUGCUCAUUGGAGCACAAUUGGUCUGGGUAGAGAGUACAGUGGUCUUUACCUACUGGAAGAGAGAAAAUCCAUUUCCUCUUCAAUUUUUGCAGUGUUGUCAGUCAACAAGGUUCAGCCACAUGUUUGGCAUCUCAGAUUAGGGCAUUUGUCAAAUGCCAAAUUGGCUUUGAUGAAGUUUAAUAAAGUGCCUCUUCAUGAUUUUGUAAAUAACUUUCAUUGUGA